CUUGCGAUCUUUCAGCCGACCGCUCGAAUUCAACCAGUCCAUCAGUUUAAGUCGGUACUUUGCCAUAGCCACAUGUUCGCGAGUUCAGAGUUCCAACACGCCUCAUAACCGUUGUCAUUUCACAAACAAACGCGCGUGAAAGUGAUCAACAAUCGUCAUAUGUAUUGCAAUGGAAGUCUCUGACUUAUAUUGCUACAAGAGCUCGUCAAUGUUUUGUCGAUAAUUUAAGUUUUCGCCGUUAGUGUGUGAUUUUCAAAUUUCUGGUUGUAAGCCAGUUAAGAAGAAAAUAGUGAAACAAGUGCAACUUUGAUGAUUCUCGCAAGAGGAUGAAAGUCUCCACGAAAACGUAACAUUGUCAGCAAAACCCGUUACAUAAACUGAGAAUAACCAUCAUCAGCACCAGUAGUGGCGAAAGUUUUCUCUUUGUUUGAGUCUUUCUCUGGUUCUUUGCUUGUUGUUAGGUAGCUACUACAUACUUCCAUUAGUCAAUGGUUCUGCGAAACGAGCCUAUGGUGGAUUGAAAGACCACAAUAAAAACAAGCGAUAAGCACGUAAACCUACACUCUUGCCGAAUUAAGCGCUAAAUCUAAAACAACCAUAAGUAGGAAAAUGUGCCUGCGUAAUUAUUUCGGUUGUUUAUUUCAAACACUUACAACGAAGAUGGUGUCGUAACGUCUAACCUCGUAAUCGGAAUUUUCUUCUUGACCGCAAUACGCGUUCUCUAGUCAUAAGCAAUCUAAUUCUGCGAUCCGUAAAAGGCUACCAGAAUGAGAGUCGGAGAAGACGAACAACCCAGCUUGGAGUAUAUAGAGGAUCCGUACAUUCCAAAGCUGGACAAUUGCAUCACUCCGUCUCUCGACGACAUCAACGAGUACAAUCCGGACGAACUAGGCGAAGAGCAGAACUGGUCGGAGGAAACCGAACUUUACCUUCGAUCGCUGACGCUGGAUCAAAUUCUUGGCGUAUCGUCCGAUGAAGAUGUCGACCCGGAACUGGAGAUGCAAACGGUGGAAACGGAAUUCAAUCCACCGCUUCCUACCGAAGGUUCCUUGCCAAAUUCAUCGGCUGCAGCGAGAAUCAGUGCCGGAGUGAUGGAACGUCUUCUGGCCCAUAGGCUACUCAGCGGGCGCUCGAAUAAAUUCAAUCUGUUUAACAAGAAGCGAAUACGAGACGUACGGGUUACCUUCAUAGAUUUCUCCAAGCCAUAUCUUGCUAGAAUAUCCAGUGGGGAAAACUACAAAAGUUUUCUCAACAUUGGGAGUGCUGUAGACAAUUCCGGUAAAUUUUCUGAUGGAUCACCAAUUGGUUCGGUGAGCUCGGCUGAGAUUGCUCAGGAAUUCUCCGGUCUGACCGUUGAAGAACAGGAAGCACAGCGAGCAGAAUGGAGCCAGGAACUGGCUCGAGUAGAGGAAGAAAUCACCACUCUGCGUACCGUGCUGCAAUCCAAGAUGCGACAUUCAAGCGAACUGAAGCGCAAACUAGGCAUCACAGUAUGGAAAGAAAUAACUGACGAUGUAAGCCAGGGGAUAAAAAAUGUCAAGGAGAGCAAUGUUUAUCAUACUGUUGAGAACAAAGUUGGUGAAAUUACAACAGCAGUUACGAGCGCUCCAAUCUAUCAAAAAACGGAGACAGCCAUUAAAUCAACGGCAGGCAAGACCACGUCCGUUUUCGGUGGAAUCACCAGCAAGAUGACCCAGAAAAUCUCGGAAAUGAAACAAUCGGACUCGUUCCGAUCCUUCGAGGAAAAAGUUGGGUCAGCCUACGAGAAUGUUAGGUCCAAAGUAUCUUCGCGGUCCAGUUCGGUGCAGAGUUUGUCGGAUCUGCAAAACGACGAACGUCGAAAUUCGGUCACGACACCAACGGCCAUUCCGGAGGAGAAAUUCGUUCCUUAAUAUCCCUCUGCUGUUUUAAUCGAUGAUCAACACAGCAUAUUUAUUAGAAGAACUUCGCGUACCAGUUUUUGGGCUGCAAAUUUUAUAGGGGUAGUGAAACAGUUAAAUGUAUAAGCCAGGUGUAAAACGAUACAUGUUAAACAUUUAUAUAUACUAUCCAUUUGCUGUAACUGUUCUCUAAGGUAAAUGAAUGAUACAAUGAAAGAUAUUUUUUCGGCGCCUUGGUUUUCCGCAUGCAUACUGAUAAUCUCCUCCCCAUUUGUGUAACAAGAUCAAGUUAGCUGAUGAUCGAGAAAUAUCCAGUAAUCGUUAUGAAUACGCUAACAAAAAAUACCGAUUCGAUAAUGAAAAAGCGUUUGUUCUACCCGCCUCACCAGCUAAUUAAACACAGUGCACGACAUUAUAGGAAGCCUGUAUAUUAGAGUUCGUGUCGCUAUAAUUUUCCCCUCACUUGAGAACAACCUACAAACAAUAAAACUGAAUGUGCCUAACUGUAGUCAUUUUGAAUAGCAUCUUUAUGACUUAUGAAAUCUGUUUUGAAAAGCCCAAUUCAGUGUACUUAGCCUCUGAAAUCAAACAUGUGAUGAUGAGCGGCCAAUUUUCCUCAAACAGCCACAAUCAUCCACUUUUGUUCCACGCUUCCCUCGUCGUUUGAUAGUAUAACAACGAAGGAUAAUUUCUUAGAUUUUUUUUCUUUCACAGUAUGUCAUAAAGACUAUAUAUAUAUUCUAUUUAAUAACAUUAAGCUACACAAACACCGACAGUACCGAACUUUACGUAUAGAAACACUAUGAAACAAGAAUCCAUAAUAAAAGUGCUCAUACAAUGAAUGAGAACGAGACGAUAUGUCCAUUGUCUAAUAAAUUCUUUGCAUAAUAAAUAAAA